AUGGUUGCAGUCACCUAUGAUUAUGUGCUCAUCAAAUUUACUCAGGAAGAGUGGGCUUUGCUGAAUAAUUGGCAAAAAAAUCUCUACAAAAAUGUGAUGCUGGACACCUACAGUAACCUCACUGACAUAGGCUACAGAUGGGAAGAGCAUAAUAUUGAAGAACUUUGUCAAAGUUCUAGAAGACAUAGAAGGACAAUUAGAAGAUAG